AUGUCGCGCGACUACUCGGGCUGCGGCGGUCUUGAGAUUUUCGUCGCUGUUGCUCUGAACGGCGCGAUCGGCUUCAAGAACGACAUUCCAUGGCCACACAUCCGCCAGGAUUUCCGAUUUUUGUGCCGCGGAACGUCUUACGUUGAGCCGGAAGUUAGCGCCGUCAAUCCUUCUCUGCAGAACGUUGUGAUUUUCGGUCGUAGGACGUACGAGAGCAUCCCGCAGACCGCGCUGCCUCUGAAAAAUCGCAUCAACGUCGUCCUGAGUCGCUCAGUGAAGGAGAUUCCUGGAAUUUUGGUGUACUCGUCGUUGUGCGAGGCCGUCCGGAGCCUACGUGCCAGCGUUCCUCACAAUAAGAUCUUCAUUUUGGGCGGUUCCGACUUGUACCGUGAGGUGCUAGAGAAUGACCUUUGCGACAAGAUUUACCUGACCCGUUUGAACAAGGAGUACGAAGGCGACCGGUUCUUCCCUCCGAUCCCCAACAGUUUCCAUAUAACAGGCAUAAGCCCCACGUUCUCUACCGACUUCGUGACGUACGACUUCGUCACCUACGAGAAGGUUUCGGCGCCCAAGGCCGUUCGCCAUCCGACGUUGGAUGAGCUGAUUCUGACGGGCCAGGAGUUGAAUGUACCAAAACCCAAGUAUGUCGCCUGCCCUGCUGUUAAGGUGCGCUACCAUGAGGAGUUCCAAUACCUGGACAUUCUGGCCGACGUGCUGAGCACCGGUACCCUGAAGCCGAACCGUACUGGCGUCGACGCUUACUCGAAGUUCGGGUACCAGAUGCGCUUCGACCUGUCCAGGUCGUUCCCGCUCCUGACCACUAAAAAGGUCGCGCUGCGCAGCAUUAUCGAGGAGCUGUUGUGGUUCAUCAAAGGCAGCACCAACGGCAACGACCUGCUCGCGAAGAACGUGCGCAUUUGGGAGCUGAACGGCGAGCGCAGUUUCUUGGACAACUUGGGAUUCACCGACCGUGAGGAGCACGAUUUGGGACCCAUUUACGGUUUCCAGUGGCGCCACUUCGGUGCCAAAUAUCUGGACAUGCACGCCGACUACAGUGGCCAAGGUAUUGACCAGCUUAAGACUGUGAUCGAAAGGAUCAAGACAAAUCCCAACGACCGCCGUAUGAUUGUAUGCUCCUGGAACGUCUCGGACCUUUCCAAGAUGGCAUUGCCUCCAUGCCACUGCCUCUUCCAGUUUUACGUCCGCGAUGGGAAGCUAUCUUGUAUGAUGCACCAGCGUUCUUGUGACCUGGGUCUGGGCGUGCCAUUCAACAUCGCUUCGUACUCGAUUCUUACGGCAAUGGUCGCCCAGGUGUGUGGCUUGAAGCUGGGCGAAUUCGUGCACAACCUCGCUGAUGCGCACAUCUACGUUAACCACGUGGACGCCGUCACGGAGCAGAUCUCUCGUGUGCCAUACCCGUUCCCUCAGCUGAUGCUCAACCCCGAGAUCAAGUCCAUUGAGGACUUCACCCUGGAGGACAUCAUGGUUGAGAACUACGUAUCUCACCCCGCCAUAAAGAUGGCCAUGGCCGCCUGA